GCGAGGCGCUGGGGGGAAGCUGGGCCGCACGUCUCUUCACGGAGCCCCCCAGGGCUGGGGCUGUCCGGAAGCCGCGGGCAGCCCAGUGAAGGCGUAACCAGAGGCUUGGGAGCACUGGGGCGGUGGACACCCCCGGGAAGGAAGCGUACAGCCCUGCAGCCGCUCGCCAGCCUGCACCCUCAGGGCGGGCUGUGAAGUUCUCCGCGGUUCCCUCCCCUCAACUUGCAAACUUCGGGCCUGGCCCCCUUCCUCUCCUGCUCUCGGUCGGGCUCCCUCCCCACCUCCUCUGGUUUCGGUUUCCCCUUCGCCUGGACCUUGAUAUUUUUGCAACAUGAAACCCUCACUCUUAAGAUUUCCCAGUUCUCCAAGCCGGGCCCAGAGCACGCUUCUCCGCUGGGUGGGGCGCCCUGUGGCGUGGGCCACCGGGAGUGUGGGUGCCCUGCUGGGACCGGCGUCCUGAAGAGUGGCUGCGUCCUGCAGCCUGCUUUGCCCGGAUGGGGCUGGAGCUGUCACUCACCUUUCACCUGCCCUCCCUCUCUGUGUUCUGUCUCAGGGGGAAGACUUUAGGGGUGCGCAGAUGUGCGAAGCCUCUUAUUCGGAGAGCGGACAGACAUCCCCGAUUUCAGCGCCCAGCACGCCAGCCCCGAGGGACCCUGCAGCCCCCAGCCAGUGCCAGCAUGCAGAACAGUCACAGUGGUGUGAACCAGCUCGGUGGUGUCUUUGUCAACGGGCGGCCACUGCCGGACUCCACCCGGCAGAAGAUCGUGGAACUCGCGCACAGCGGGGCGCGGCCGUGCGACAUCUCCCGAAUUCUGCAGACCCAUGCAGAUGCAAAAGUCCAAGUGCUGGACAAUCAAAACGUGUCCAACGGGUGUGUGAGUAAAAUCCUGGGCAGGUAUUACGAGACCGGCUCCAUCCGACCCAGGGCCAUCGGUGGCAGUAAGCCCCGGGUAGCAACUCCGGAAGUUGUGAGCAAAAUAGCGCAGUACAAGCGGGAGUGCCCGUCCAUCUUCGCCUGGGAAAUCCGAGACAGAUUGCUGUCCGAGGGUGUCUGUACCAACGACAACAUACCAAGUGUGUCAUCAAUAAACAGAGUCCUUCGCAACCUGGCUAGCGAGAAGCAGCAGAUGGGCGCAGACGGCAUGUAUGAUAAACUAAGGAUGUUGAACGGGCAGACCGGAAGCUGGGGCACCCGCCCGGGGUGGUAUCCGGGGACUUCUGUGCCUGGGCAGCCCACGCAGGAUGGGUGCCAGCAGCAGGAAGGUGCGGGGGAGAACACCAACUCCAUCAGCUCCAACGGGGAGGACUCGGACGAGGCGCAGAUGCGGCUGCAGCUAAAGCGGAAGCUGCAGCGGAACAGGACCUCCUUCACCCAGGAGCAGAUCGAGGCCCUGGAGAAAGAGUUUGAGAGAACCCACUAUCCUGAUGUGUUUGCCCGGGAAAGACUAGCGGCCAAAAUAGACCUGCCUGAAGCAAGGAUACAGGUCUGGUUUUCUAACAGAAGGGCCAAGUGGAGAAGAGAGGAAAAGCUGAGGAACCAGCGGAGGCAGGCCAGCAGCACCCCCAGCCACAUCCCCAUCAGCAGCAGCUUCAGCACCAGUGUCUACCAGCCCAUCCCGCAGCCCACCACCCCCGUGUCCUCCUUCGCGUCCGGCUCCAUGCUGGGCCGGACAGACACAGCCCUCACCAACACGUACAGCGCGCUGCCCCCCAUGCCCAGCUUCACCAUGGCCAACAACCUGCCGAUGCAGCCCCCCGUCCCCAGCCAGACCUCCUCGUACUCCUGUAUGCUGCCCACCAGCCCCUCGGUGAACGGGCGGAGUUACGACACCUACACGCCCCCGCACAUGCAGACCCACAUGAACAGCCAGCCCAUGGGCGCGUCGGGCGCCACGUCCACAGGUCUCAUUUCUCCCGGCGUGUCGGUUCCAGUCCAGGUUCCUGGAAGUGAACCUGACAUGUCUCAGUACUGGCCAAGACUACAGUAAAGAAAGCAAAGGAAAUUGAGUUAUUCAGCCAGUGACUUUUGUGGCCACACGGGGCGCUCGGGAAAGGUACAAGCAGGACGGAAAGGCGUUGAAGCACUUCCCCGCGCGGGCCUGGGUCGGCCCGGGCCGCACACGAGACCUCUGCACACGAAGGCGCGAUCUCAGUUGGAACAAAUCUUCAUUUUGGUAUCCAAACCUUUAUUCAUUUUGGUGUAUUAUUUGUAAAUGGGCAUUUGUAUGUUAUAAUGAAAAACAAAAGAACAAUGUAGACUGGACGAGGGUUUGACCCGGAUUGGUCAUGAGGUUGUUUAAAGGAAAAAAAAAAAAAAGAAAAAGAAAAAGAAAAAGGAAACCACGAUCAACGAGAUUUGCCAUGAAUUUAAGAGUUUUAUCCGGCUAUAUCGAGUCCUUCUACCCAUCUGUUCACAGUUUAUGGACCGAUGCUCCACAUUUGUAUCCUUCCUUUGCGUAUAAUUAAACCUGGAACGACAUGCACUACAUUUAUGUAAGAAAUAUGUUGGUUUUCCAAAGGUUGUUAACAGAUGAAGUUUAUGUGCAAAAAAAGGGUAAGAUAUAAAUUCAAGGAAGAAAAAAGUUGAUAGCUAAAAGGUAGAGUGUGUCUUCGAUAUAAUCCAAUUUGUUUUAUGUCAAAAUGUAAGUAUUUGUCUUCCCUAGAAAUCCUCAGAAUGAUUUCUAUAAUAAAGUUAAUUUCAUUUAUAUUUGACAAGAAUACUCUAUAGAUGUUUUAUACACAUUUUCAUGCAAUCAUACGUUUCUUUUUUGGCCAGCAAAAGUUAAUUGUUCGUAGAUCUAGUUGUAUUACUGUUCACAGUCCAACCAUUUUGUGCAUCUAGAAUUCAUUCCUAAUCAAUUAAAAGUGCUUGCAAGAGUUUUAAACUUAAGUGUUUUGAAGUUGUUCACAACUACAUAUCAGAAUUAACCAUUGUUGAUUGUAAAAACCAUGCCAAAGCCUUUGUAUUUCCUU